AUGGCACCGUCGUCAUCAGACGUAGAAGCCCAGGUGCUUCUCGAGACGAAAGAGUACGACUCGUACGCCUGGGUCCUUCUCGACGACCAUCCGCUUCGUGCGUAUCCAGCUGACACCGAUUGUCAUCCCGAGGUCACUGCAUUCGCACGAAAAUGUCUGAUUGUCCAAUCAUUGGUCCAGUUGCCGCAUAUCAUGUCUUAUUUUCUAGAGCAGGUCUAUACGCAGGAUCUGCCUGGGUUCAUUCAGACGCCGGAAACGAUUGGCCGGUCGCCCGGGCUCGGGCUCGAGCUUGAUCAAUCAGCUAUCUGCAAGUAUGACGCUCCGCUCCAGACAGAUGGAGUGACGGGUGAUGCCGUCGAGUAUAUCCUUGCUUCAGGGUGUACUGGCGUCAAGGUCGAUUUGUGGCAACGGGAUCGCGAAUUACUUGUUGGGAGCUCCUUGCUCAACCUCAAUGACGAUCACACGCUGCAGAGCGUUUAUCUUCAAUCUCUUCAGACCAAUUUGGAUGCACGGAAUCCGGCUUAUAUCAACUCAACCAAAAAACACGGUGCUAAGGCCGAGAUCGUGCCGGUCGGCCUCUUUGAUGAAGACUCGACGCAAACAUUCAUAUUAUUAUUGGACGUCCAGACAACGCUGCAAAGAGCGUGGCCAUUGCUCUUUGGGCAGUUAGAGGCCCUAAACAAGAGCGGGUACCUCUCAUUUCGAAACGCGGAGCAGGACCUUAUCCUGCGGCCGGUUACAGUAGUGGUCUCUGGGAGAGGAUGUCGACGGCUGUCAUUGAUAGACGAUGUGUCAAGAGCUAUAAAAGGAUCAUCCUAA